CGCGCCCCGCGCAGCGGGAGGCCGGGGGCGGGCCGGGACCUGGGGACCAGCCGCUGUUCCUCUGCAGCGUCCCGCGCCGCUCGCUGGGCGUCCGGGGAGCGCGGGGCGGGGCGAGGGCGGUGUCCGCAGGUAACCCCCGGGGGGGCGGGGAGGUCUGCCGGGACCCCCAGACCAAAAAGCCUAGGGGGAGGAGCGGCGCGGCUGUGCGCGAGGGCAACCAAGUUUGGCUCCAGCACGCGCGGCUUCGCUACUGCCUCUGGGGAGGAGAGAGGGGACUGUCCCCUUCCGAGCUGGGCUCGGACUUUGGCCCCCAGAGCCGCCGCAGACCUCCAGGAGUGACUUCGUCGCUCCCUAUUCUGGACUCGCUGGGUCCCGGGUGCACCGGAGCCGCGCAGUGAACGUGCCAUGCAGGAGGGCGACAUCGGCCUGGAGGGGCUACCCCUCAAGGAAGCCCCCACAGCCCAGGCCGCCAGGGCCGUGGAUGGGGAGGGCGCGCCGCCCGGCGGUCCCAGCGCACAGGCGGCCACGAUGAGGGUCAACGAGAAGUACUCGACGCUCCCGGCCGAGGACCGCAGCGUCCACAUCAUCAACAUCUGCGCCAUCGAGGACAUCGGUUACCUGCCGUCCGAGGGCACGCUGCUGAGCUCCUUAUCCGUGGACCCUGAUGCCGAGUGCAAGUAUGGCCUGUACUUCAGAGACGGCCGGCGCAAGGUGGACUACAUCCUGGUGUACCAUCACAAGAGGUCCUCGGGCAGCCGGACCCUGGUCAGGAGGGUGCAGCACAGUGACACCACCUCUGGGGCUCGCAGCAUCAAGCAGGACCAACCCCUGCCGGGCAAGGGGGCACCGCUGGACACGGGCUCAGCCGAGCCCCCGAUGGACUACCACGAGGAUGACAAGCGCUUCCGCAGGGAGGAGUAUGAGGGCAACCUCCUGGAGGCGGGCCUGGAGCUGGAGCGGGACGAGGACACUAAAAUCCAUGGAGUCGGGUUUGUGAAAAUCCACGCGCCCUGGAACGUGCUGUGCAGAGAGGCCGAGUUUCUGAAACUGAAGAUGCCGACGAAGAAGAUGUACCACAUUAAUGAGACGCGUGGCCUUCUGAAAAAAAUCAACUCUGUGCUCCAGAAAAUCACAGACCCCAUCCAGCCCAAAGUGGCUGAGCACAGGCCCCAGACCAUGAAGAGACUCUCCUAUCCCUUCUCCCGGGAGAAGCAGCAUCUGUUUGACCUGUCUGAUAAGGAUUCGUUUUUUGACAGUAAAACCCGGAGUACGAUUGUCUAUGAGAUCUUGAAGAGAACGACGUGUACCAAGGCCAAGUACAGCAUGGGGCAAGGCGAGGGAAGAAAGAAGGACUCCGCCCUUCUAAGUAAAAGGCGGAAAUGUGGGAAGUAUGGCAUCACGAGCCUGCUGGCCAAUGGCGUGUACGCGGCUGCAUACCCACUGCACGAUGGAGACUACGAGGGUGAAAACGUGGAGUUCAACGACAGAAAACUCCUGUACGAAGAGUGGGCGUGUUACGGGGUCUUCUAUAAGUACCAGCCCAUCGACCUGGUCAGGAAGUACUUUGGGGAGAAGAUCGGCCUGUACUUCGCCUGGCUGGGCGUGUACACCCAGAUGCUCAUCCCUGCCUCCAUCGUGGGAAUCAUUGUCUUCCUGUACGGAUGUGCCACCGUGGACGAAAACAUCCCCAGCAUGGAGAUGUGUGACCAGAGACAAAAUAUCACCAUGUGCCCGCUUUGCGACAAGACCUGCAGCUACUGGAAGAUGAGCUCAGCCUGCGCCACGGCCCGCGCCAGCCACCUCUUCGACAACCCCGCCACCGUCUUCUUCUCUGUCUUCAUGGCCCUCUGGGCUGCCACCUUCAUGGAGCACUGGAAGCGGAAACAGAUGCGGCUCAACUACCGCUGGGACCUCACGGGCUUCGAGGAGGAGGAGGAGGCUGUCAAGGAUCAUCCCAGAGCUGAAUAUGAAGCCAGAGUCUUGGAGAAGUCUCUGAAGAAAGAGUACAAAAACAAAGAGAAGCGCCGGCAUAUCCCAGAGGAGUCAACAAACAAAUGGAAGCAGAGGGUUAAGACAGCCAUGGCGGGGGUGAAAUUGACUGACAAAGUGAAGCUGACCUGGAGAGAUCGGUUCCCAGCCUACCUCACCAACUUGGUCUCCAUCAUCUUCAUGAUUGCAGUGACUUUUGCCAUCGUCCUUGGCGUCAUCAUCUACAGAAUCUCCAUGGCCGCCGCCUUGGCCGUGAACUCCUCCCCCUCCGUGCGGUCCAACAUCCGGGUCACAGUCACAGCUACUGCGGUCAUCAUCAACCUAGUGGUCAUCAUCCUCCUGGAUGAGGUGUACGGCUGCAUAGCCCGGUGGCUCACCAAGAUCGAGGUCCCGAAGACAGAGAAAAGCUUCGAGGAGAGGCUGAUCUUCAAGGCUUUCCUGCUGAAGUUUGUGAACUCCUACACCCCCAUCUUUUACGUGGCGUUCUUCAAAGGCCGGUUUGUCGGACGCCCGGGCGACUACGUGUACAUUUUCCGUUCCUUCCGAAUGGAAGAGUGUGCGCCAGGAGGCUGCCUGAUGGAGCUAUGCAUCCAGCUUAGCAUCAUCAUGCUGGGGAAACAGCUGAUCCAGAACAACCUGUUCGAGAUUGGCAUCCCGAAGAUGAAGAAGCUCAUCCGUUACCUGAAGCUGAAGCGGCAGAGCCCCCCUGACCACGAGGAGUGUGUGAAGAGGAAGCAGCGGUAUGAGGUGGAUUACAACCUGGAGCCCUUCGCGGGCCUCACCCCAGAGUACAUGGAAAUGAUCAUCCAGUUUGGCUUUGUCACCCUGUUUGUCGCCUCCUUCCCCCUGGCCCCGCUGUUUGCGCUGCUGAACAACAUCAUUGAGAUCCGCCUGGACGCCAAAAAGUUUGUCACUGAGCUCCGAAGGCCGGUGGCUGUCAGAGCCAAAGACAUCGGAAUCUGGUACAAUAUCCUCAGAGGCAUUGGGAAGCUUGCUGUCAUCAUCAAUGCCUUCGUGAUCUCCUUCACGUCUGACUUCAUCCCGCGCCUGGUGUACCUCUACAUGUACAGUAAGAACGGGACCAUGCAUGGCUUCGUCAACCAUACCCUCUCCUCCUUCAACGUCAGCGACUUCCAGAACGGCACAGCCCCCAAUGACCCCCUGGACCUGGGCUACGAGGUGCAGAUCUGCAGGUACAAAGACUACCGAGAGCCACCGUGGUCGGAAAACAAGUACGACAUCUCCAAGGACUUCUGGGCCGUCCUGGCAGCCCGGCUGGCGUUCGUCAUCGUCUUCCAGAACCUGGUCAUGUUCAUGAGCGACUUCGUGGACUGGGUCAUCCCAGACAUCCCCAAGGACAUCAGCCAGCAGAUCCACAAGGAGAAGGUGCUCAUGGUGGAGCUGUUCAUGCGGGAGGAGCAAGACAAGCAGCAGCUGCUGGAAACCUGGAUGGAGAAGGAGCGGCAGAAGGACGAGCCGCCGUGCAACCACCACAACCCCAAAGCCUGCCCAGACAGCCUCAGCAGCCCAGCCCCCAGCCAUACCUACCACGGGGGCGUCCUGUAGCUAUGCCAGCGGGGCUGGGCAGGCCAGCCGGGCAUCCCGACUGACGGGCACCCUCUCCCAGGGGCAGGUGGCUUCCCGCUCCCGCCAGGGCCCGGUGGGUCCUGGGUUUUCUGCAAACAUGGAGGACCACUUUCUGAUAGGACAUUUUCCUUUCUUCUUUCUGUUUUCUUUCCCUUGUUUUUGCACAAAGCCAUUAUGCAGGGGAUUGUUUUUAAUCUGUAGUAUUCAAGAUGAAUCAAAAUGAUGGCUGGUAAUAGGGCAAUAAGGUAACAAAGGCAGAUGCUUUGCAGAAAGAAUGCUUGGAAUCUUGAGUCUCCCUAGCAGUGAAAAGUGAGCAGAGGCCCCUAGAAACCCUCCUCUGAAUCCUCCUAAUUCCUUAAGAUAGAUGCAAAAUGGUAAGCCGAGGCAUCGGGCCAAAGCUGGUGCGAUGCUUCAGGGAAAAUGGAAACCCCAACCAAAAAUAAUGAUUGAUUCUGGUUCCAAAAGGUGUCACCUGCCUGUUCCAGAAAAGUUAGACUUUCCAUUGCCUUUUCCUCCCGUCAGUUCAGCGGCUGAGAGAGAAGUGCCCCAUCCCUGAACCACACAGGGGGCGUGGGAGCAUCCCAGUUAUUCCUGGAAAGCGAGAAGGGGGCACAGGUGUCCCUGAUUAAGCAGGAACCAGCACCCUUGGCAUCCCUGGCAGGCUCCCCGCUGUCAGCCACACACCUGCCCCCUCACACCAAGCUGACCUCAGAGUUGGUCGUCUUCCUUAUGGGACAAAACCAGUUGACCAGAAAAUGGGCAGAGAGAGAGGACCUCGGAAGCAUUAAAACAGAUGGUGUCAGGGUUUCAAGAAGUCUUAGGGCUUCCAGGGGUCCCCUGGAAGCUUUAGAAUAUUUAUGGGUUUUUUUUUCAAGUGUCAAUUAUAUGGUAGAUUGAGGAUAUUUUUUUCUGCAGCUCAAAGGUGGAGGGAGUUUAUUAGUUAACCGAAUAGCGUUGAGAGGAAUUUAAAAUACUGUUACUACCAAAGAAUUUUAUUAAUAAAGCCUUCUAUUUUGGUAACAUUUCUCUAUAUUUUUACUCAUAGGAAUGUCACUGUUGGACAAUUAUUUUAAAAGUGUAUAAACCAAGUCUCAUAAAUGAUAUGAGUGAUCUAAAUUUGCAGCAAUGAUACUAAACAACUCUCUGAAAUUUCUCGAGCACCGAGAGAAACAUCAUUUUAGCAAAGGCCAAGAGGAAAAACAGAAAUAUAUUUGUCUCGAACACAUCAUUGAUGUGAUGUUGACAUUCCCUUUAAUCUGCCAACUGUGAUCAAAGUUCAUAGGUGUCAUAGAUUUCCAUUAUUUGCUAAAAUCAUGCAAUCUGAUGCUUCUCUUUUCUCUUGUACAGUAAGUAGUUUGAAAUGAGUUUUGUAUAUAAAUACUGUAUUAAAAAUUAGGCGAUUACCAAAAAUCCUUUUAUGGAAACCGUUUUUUAAAAAAGUGAAUGUACACAAAUCCACAGAAGACUGUGGCUGGACAUUCAUCUAAAUAAAUUUGAAUAUACGACACUUUUCCCACUUGAA